GGUAGUAAAUUUACGUCAAAUUCUUAGCAAUUGUAUACAAAUUGCCAUCAAAAUGGAAAAGCCCGAAAUUGACGGAAAAUUCAAGGAAAUUUUUGCAAAGUAACCUGUGCUAUUAGGGUUAAGUACAAAAGUAAAGUCCAGUUUACAUUCAAAGUUACAGUUCGCCGUCAUAACCUAUAACACAUUUAAAAAAAUACUUGAAAUAUUUUCGACCAACAAUAUUUUUGAACACCCGUAAUUUUAUACUCGUAUUUUUAAUUAAUCAUUCGUACGUUUCUUGAAAUAAUCAUAUAUAUUUCUAUUCCAAUAUAUAUUGAGUUAAUUACUUAUUUUGUAUUUUAAAAAUUUAUAAGUAUUGGCGCGCAAAUUUAUUAUUGAAAAUUUACAAAACAAUGAUAACAAAAUGGACGUGAGAAAAUCUUCGAGGUUAGCAGAUAAAGUUGAAAAUAAAGUGAAACAAUCAGAGAAAAAGAAAAAUUGUCCUGCUGCUAAAAGUAAAGAUCUUGAAAAUAAAAAUAAUCAACAAUCAACGAUGCGGACUGCGGUGAGAAAUAAAAAAAAAAAUAAUACUAAUAAUAAUAAUAUUAAUAAAAUCAAUUACAAUAAUAUACGUGGCAUAAAUCAACCAAUGAUACAUAGCAUAGAAUCCUUAUCUGCAAAAUCUCCAGCACUAAUUAGUUAUCCAGUUCAUCCGGAUGUUAGGUUUAAAAGUCUGCCAUUUUAUUUAGAACUCAGCGAAUUAAUAAAACCGAUGAGUUUAAUGACGUCUUUUACUACAAUUAAUACUCAAAUACAAAAUAGGUUGCAUUUUUAUUUGACGCCUCAGCAAGCUGAUGAUAUGGCAAAUUCGCGGGACAGUAAUUCGGAAAAUGGUAAAAUGAGAUUUAAUGUUCAAGUGCAAAUCCGGUUUUGUUUGCAAGAAUCUUCACAUGAACAAGAAGACUGCAUCCCAAUGGGUGUCAUGGUAAAAGUUAACGAAAAAUAUUGUCCUAUACCAGUGGCAAAACCAACUCCUGGAGCAAAGGCACCCAAAAGUCAACCGCACAAGCCGCUUGACAUAAGUGCGCAUGUGAAAAUAUCACCCAUAGUUGAAAACAAAAUUCUAAUCAUAUGUCCGAAUGACAUGUUCGGUAACACAUAUGCAGUUGGUGUCUACCUUGUGCGGAAAUUGACCAGCUAUGAAGUUUUGAAUCAAAUGAAAGCCAAAGGUGUUAGACAUCCUGACUGUACUCGGGGACUGAUUAAAGAAAAAUUGAAUGAAGAUGCGGACAGCGAAAUCGCGACGACUUCUCUGCGAGUGUCGCUUGCUUGUCCUCUGGGAAAAAUGAGAAUGUCCACACCCUGCAGGUCAUCGACUUGCACGCACUUGCAGUGCUUUGAUGCGGGAAUAUAUUUGCAAAUGAAUGAACUGAAACCGACGUGGAUUUGUCCAGUUUGCAAUAAAUCUGCGAAAUAUGACUCUCUGAUUAUUGAUGGAUAUUUUCUGAGUAUUUUACUGUCUAAUGAAUUGCUGCCGGAUGUUAAUGAAAUUCAGUUACUACCGGAUGGGUCAUGGAGGAAUUUGGUGCCGAAGAAAGAUCAAGAAGACAAUGAUCGGAAAUGUGGACCUGUGUCUCAACAGAAAAUAAAUUCUAAGGUCGAUAAGGCAGCUGAUGAUUUUGUUGACAAGACAAAAGUUGGGUUGGAAGAAAAUAAAAUUGAUUUUGUUGAUUUAAUUUCAAGUGAUGAAGACGAUGCUGAGAAUAAAGAAGAAAUAAGUAAUUUAGCAGCUAAUUGUAAAAGAAAAUUAAAUUCGGAGGAAAAUAAUUGGAGCUCUGGAAAUUCUAAUUCUAAAAUUAUAAUUAUAGAUUUAGAUUAAAAUAAUUUUGUUAUAUAUAUUAAUGUUUGAUAAAUUUAAAUUUGUAAAAUAUAUUUAUGACUUAGGAUUUAUCAAGAAUUUUUUUUACAAAUAUUUAAUAUAAUUUUGUCAUGUACAUUAUAAAAUUUGUACAUAAUCAAAUUUAUAAUAAUAAAUUUGAUUAUUAAAUAUGUAAUUAAAGAUAAUUGUAAUAAUAAUUUAAUGAAAUUUAAUCUGACUGUAGAUAAAAUUUAUAUCAUGGAUUUAAAUCUUGUAAAAAAAAUUUGAUAUACUUUUCGUGAGA